ACGUGAAAUCUGCGCGCCGAAGCUAAAAGAGCCUGCCUCCUCUUGCAUUGGGUUUCCACGCCGGCUUGUCCUGCACGGCACGUGUGCUGCUGAAUGGAGCUGGUCGCUGGUAGCUACGAGCAGGUCCUGUUCGGGUUCGCAGUGCACCGCAAGCCCGCGGCGAGUGACGACCGGGAGGCAUGGGCUCCUGUGGCUGACUUCACUCACCAUGCCCACACUGCCUCCUUGUCAGCGGUGGCAGCGAACAGUCGCUUUGUAGUCACUGGCAGCAAAGAUGAAACGAUUCACAUUUAUGACAUGAAAAAGAAGAUCGAUCAUGGGGCUCUGGUACAUCACAGUGGAACUGUCACUUGCCUGAAAUUCUAUGGCAACAGGCACUUAAUCAGUGGCUCAGAGGACGGACUCAUCUGUGUAUGGGAUGCAAAAAAAUGGGAAUGCCUGAAGUCCAUUAAAGCUCACAAAGGACAUGUGACUUUCCUUUCUAUCCACCCGUCUGGCAAGUUGGCUCUGUCUGUUGGUACUGAUAAGACAUUGAGAACAUGGAAUCUUGUAGAGGGAAGGUCAGCUUUCAUAAAAAAUAUAAAACAAAAUGCCCACAUAGUGGAAUGGUCCCCGAGUGGAGAGAAGUACAUAGUUGUUGUGCUGAAUAAAGUGGAUGUCUAUCAGCUAGACACGGCCUCCGUGAGCGGCACCAUCACUAAUGGAAAGAGGAUCUCGUCAGUUACAUUCCUUUCAGACUCUGUCCUUGCAGUGGCUGGAGAUGAAGAAGUCGUAAGGUUUUUUGACUGUGAUUCACUGGUAUGUCUCUGUGAAUUUAAAGCUCAUGAAAACAGGGUGAAAGACAUGUUCAGUUUUGAAAUUCCAGACCACCAUGUUCUUGUCACAGCAUCAAAUGAUGGUUUCAUCAAAAUGUGGACACUUAAGCAGGAUAAGAGAGACCCCCCAUCUUUGCUGUGUGAGGUGAAUACUGGUGCCAGGCUGACGUGUCUUGGAGUGUGGUUAGACAGAGCGACGGAUGAAAAAGCAAGCCUUCCUUCAGCAGCAGAGCCUUCCCCUGUAAAUAAAGAACAGCCCAAAAAGAUCAAAAAGGAAACUUGUGACGUGGUUCAGAAAGAAGAAACACCAGGACCUAACUCGAACUCUAGUUUAACUGGUGACGGCAAGGAGCCAACAAAAGGAAAUAGCCCAGUGUCAGCCAAGAAGAGGGAAGUGACAAACGUGUUGAAAAGGAGAAAAAAGAAGAUAAAACUCACAUAGCAAAUCCCAGACAUCUCCCCCAAGAGAAUGUCUUCUUGACCUUUUCAAACAUUAUACCUAACUUUCCCAUGUGAGAAACAAAAGGAUUUUCUCCCUCUGGAGAAAGUGUGUAGCUUAAAAAGAGAACCACUUUUAGGUGGUGCUUUGUUUUGUUAAAUAGUAAAGUUAUUUUUGGCAAACGGCAUCUUAUUAUAUAUUGUGGUAUAUAGUAAUUGUAAUUACACUUUUUACUAUGCAAAAUAAGUAAAGAUCUGAAAAUACUAUAUUUAAAAUAA